GACUCCUCUGGCUCAAGACUCCCCCGGCCUGGUGACUUGCCCAGACACGUCUGAGUGUAUUUCUGUAUUCCUUUGCCACUUGGCUCAGGUCACAGCAGCUGGGGGAGCCCUCAGCCUGUGAGUGGCCAUGUCCAACCCCAGUGCCCCACCUCCGUAUGAGGACCGCAACCCUUUGUACCCUGGCCCUCCACCUCCUGGGGGCUAUGGGCAGCCGUCCAUGCUGCCGGGUGGGUACCCUGCCUACCCACAGCCGGGCUAUGGUCACCCUGCUGGCUACCCUCAGCCCAUGCCCCCCAUCCACCCGAUGCCUAUGAACUAUGGCCCAGGCAGUGGCUAUGAAGGUGAGGAAAGAGCAGUGAGUGACAGCUUUGGAGCUGGAGAGUGGGAUGACCGGAAGGUCAGGCACAACUUCAUCAGAAAGGUGUACAGCAUCAUCUCCGUCCAGCUGCUCAUCACGGUGGCCAUCAUCGCCAUCUUCACCUUUGUGGAACCAGUGGGCCAGUUUGUCAGGAGAAACGUGGCUGUCUACUACGUGUCCUACGCAGUCUUCAUUGUCACUUACCUGACCCUUGCCUGCUGCCAGGGACCCAGGCGCCGCUUCCCAUGGAACAUCAUCCUGCUGACCCUCUUCACUUUUGCCAUGGGCUUCAUGACGGGCACCAUUUCCAGUAUGUAUCAGACCAAAGCCGUCAUCAUUGCCAUGAUCAUCACUGCUAUAGUGUCCAUUUCGGUCACUAUCUUCUGCUUCCAGACUAAGGUGGACUUCACCUCCUGUACAGGCCUCUUCUGCGUCCUGGGCAUCGUGCUGAUGGUAACCGGGAUUGUUACUAGCAUCGUGCUCGCCUUCAAAUAUGUUUACUGGCUGCACAUGGUCUAUGCUGCCUUGGGGGCCAUUUGUUUCACCCUGUUCCUGGCCUACGACACGCAGCUUGUCCUGGGGAACAGGAAGCACACCAUCAGCCCUGAGGACUACAUCACGGGCGCCCUGCAGAUCUACACAGAUAUCGUCUACAUUUUCACCUUUGUGCUGCAGCUGCUGGGGGACCGCAACUGAUGGGCAGCCCAUCCCAGUCCCCCGCCCCGCCCUGGGCUCUCGGCCUUCUAGAGGGCUGAGCUCUGGGCCUUGCACCCCUCUCCUUCCCUUCAGUACCCUUCCUGUCUGGCUGCGGAUAUGCAGGUUCCUGGUGGGGCUGGAGUGCAGGAUUGACUCUUGUCUUGGGUGGCCAGGGCAGGAAACAGGUUGGGGAUGUUACCCUAUUCUUCUUGGAGGUGCAAAGGGAAAUAUGCAAGGUGGAAGUGACUUCAAGGUGAAGCCCCAUCUGUCUCCCCCAUCCCCCAUGCCUUUCUCAGGCCUCAAGGCUGGGGAGCUGGAAUGCUUUCCUCUCCCUAGCCCUGUGGAGCCAGAGUGCUUUGGCUGCAGUACCCUGAACUCACAGGCUGUCAUCAACCCCACACUGUUUCUGUGACAAGCACAGGGUUAGGGAUGGAGAUGAGGCCAGAGCAGGGCAGCAGUGACCACCGCCUGCCGCCUGGCAUGUGGUAGGCUUGAGCAGGUGCCUAUACCCGUCUGGUGUCCAUCCUCCAACACUACUUGGGCCUCCCUGCUUGUGCUUCUGGUCAAGGGAACCUCCUGCUUCCUGUGCUCAGGCCACUUGGAACAGUGAGGAGGGUAACUUGUAGGGUCAUGGAUAUGACCAGGAUAUCAACCAGGCUGAACUCAGACUGGGAUUGGGGCAAGGAAAAUGCCUCAGUAUCCCCUGCCCUGAGUGCCUUGCCACUGCCUUCCCCGUAACACAGUGUCAGGAGCAGGCUGCUGGGUAGGGGCCCAUGGAUGUAUUAGGACUUCUCCAUUAAGUACUUGAUCCUGAAUAGAGUACACAAAGGGACACAACUAGAGAGAUAAUAAAGUCUUAUGUUUAGAAGUUA